GCACUCCAGGGGACACAAUAUAACUAUUGUUCGUUCUAGCAAAAGCUGACGGCGCUGUUACAGAAGACUGCAAGAUGUUUUUGUAUCUGGCCUCCAUCAUCUCUCUUUUGGCUGGCAUCAUUCCAGCUGCUUGCGGCGGGAAGGUCCUUGUUUUUCCGUUGGACGGAAGCCACUGGGUGAACAUGAACGUCAUCAUCGAGGAACUGCACUCAAGGGGCCACCAGGUUUCUGUGGUGCGAUGGUCAGACAGUUGGUACAUCAAGGAAACCUCACCUUUCUAUUCUUCAAUCACGCUCGAUUCGGAGUCUGGAUUUGAUGAAGACUUUUUAAGUACUUUUGUGGCCCAGUUGCUGAAAAUCCAGAGGAAGGGGAAGUCUGUGUGGACACGUUUUAAACUGGAAAUGGAACAAGCACAAAAGGCGCUUGAGCUGCAUGAGAAAACACGUAAAAUGCUUGAGCUGCUUUUUGAAAACAAAGAACUCAUUCAGUCGCUGCGAGAUGCAAAUUAUGACCUGGUGCUUGCAGACCCUGCUCUACCAGGUGGGGUCAUUCUGGCCCAUUACCUCAGGCUGCCUCUUGUUUUCAAUGUCAGGUGGACUAGUCAAGGUGAAGGCCAUUUUUCAAUCGCUCCUUCUCCUCUGUCUUAUGUUCCAAUGACAGGGACCGAGCUUUCAGAUAAGAUGAGCUUUCUCCAGAGACUUCUUAAUGUUAUUAUUUUUGGUUUCACAGAAUUUCAAAUUGCACGUUAUGUUAUACCAAAUUAUGCCGGCUUGAUUGAUAAAUACUUGGGUCCAGAGAUGGACUUCAAAUCCCUGUUUCAAGCAGCAGACCUGUGGCUGAUGAGAGUGGACUUUGUGUUUGAGUUCCCUCGGCCCACCAUGCCUAAUGUUAUCUACAUGGGAGGCUUCCAGUGUAAACCAGCAAAGCCUCUUCCUGAACACUUGGAGGAGUUUGUGGAGAGUUCUGGAGAGCACGGGGUCAUCAUCAUGUCUCUGGGGACUUUGAUUGGCGAGCUUCCCCAUGACCUAGCCAAUGAGAUUGCUGCAGCUUUCGCCAGAUUAUCGCAGAAAGUCAUCUGGAGAUAUAAAGGCAACAAGCCGGCCACUCUGGGCAACAACACUUUAAUAGUAGACUGGAUGCCACAGAAUGACCUUUUAGGACAUCCAAAGGUGGCACUGUUUGUGGCUCAUGGUGGAACAAACGGCGUUCAAGAAGCCAUCUACCACGGUGUUCCUAUCGUAGGCCUUCCCCUCAUUUUUGAUCAGCGCGAUAAUCUGUUAAGAAUUGAAGUAAGAGGAGCAGGGAAGGUAAUAGAUAUUUUUAGCAUGACUGAGGAAACCUUCUUUCAGGGUAUUCAGGAGGUGUUGAAGGAGCCCUCCUACAGGAUGAACAUGCAGAGGCUCUCCAGGCUGCACAGAGAUCAGCCCAUGAAGCCGCUGGAUACCGCCCUCUUUUGGAUGGAGUUUGUCAUGAGGCACAAAGGUGCAGCUCACCUGAGAACAGAGUCCUACAGGAUGCCCUGGUACUCCUACCACUCUGUGGAUGUGUUUUUGUUCUUGGCUGGAACUGGGCUGCUCGUGCUUCUAACUAUUUUCCUUUUAAUCAGGUGUUUAUGCACUGCAAUGUGUAAACGUAAGAUGAAACGUGACUGAUCCUACAAGGGAUAUAUGUUAUCUGUCUGUAAAUAUGGAUUUUAACACAUUGGAUUUAGUUCCCCCUUUACUGGCAUUAUUUUGUUUUUUGAACUUGCUCAAUCAUAUUUUAGUAAAGUAUCGUACAAACUAUAAGCUUUGUAACCACCAGUAAGAUUCUAGGAAAUAGUGUAAAUAUGUAUUAUAUAUAUAUUAGGGCCG